GGCUUGGGAUCCCGGAAAGGCCGGGGGCUGGGUUAGGUGCCGUCCACGAAGCUCCGCCCCAUUUAAAGCUAGCUUGCUAGGGAGUAGCCCCGCCCCCUGGGGCGCCCUCCGUACGCUUGCGCAGUGUGCCCAGAGCCGCCAUGCCGGAGCCGCGUGAGUCGUCGCCCCUGCGGGUGAACGCGGCGUUUGCUGCGCGGUACGGCCGCUACCGGGAGCGCGAGGAGCUGCAGCGGCUCAAAGAUCGCUACGGAGACCGGGACGGCAGUGGCGACUCCAGCUCCGAGUCUGACUCCAGCGAUGAGCGCGUGGAAUUUGACCCCCAGCAGGAGCGAGACUUUUACAGGACUCUAUCCUUGUUGAAGAAGAAGGAUCCCCGGAUUUACAAGAAAGAUGCCACAUUCUAUCAGAGAACAGCAUCUUCCUCGGAGAGUGAGGAGGAGCCGGCAGCUGAGGAGAAGCAAAAGAAGGUUUGUCCCAUGUACCUGAAGGACUACGAGAGGAAGGUCAUCUUGGAGAAAGGAGGCAAAUAUGUUGAUGAGGAAAAUUCAGAUGGGGAGACCUCUGAUCAGAGACUCCAGCAGACCUCAGCGAAAAGUUAUGUGGAGGAACAGAAACAGCUGAAGGAAAGCUUCCGGGUGUUCGUGGAGGACAGCGAGGAUGAGGACAGCGCUGGGGAAGGUGGAUCCGGGUUGCUGCAGAAACGCGUCAAAAGCAGAGAGGAGAAGGCCCAGGAGGACGCUGACUACAUCGAAUGGCUGAAGGGGCAGAAGGAGAUUCAGAACCCCGACACCCUGAAAGAACUGACUCACCUUAAGGAAUAUUGGAACAACCCAGAGCUGGAUGAGGGGGAACGCUUCCUGAGGGAUUACAUCCUCAACAAACGCUAUGAGGAGGAGGGAGAUGAGGAGGAAGAGGAAGAGGAGGAAGAGGAAGAGGAGGACAGGAUCCCUGGCCCCCCAGUCCAGCUGGCCGUGGAUGACUCCUCAGACGAGGGGGAGCUUUUUCUGAAGAAGCAGGAGGACUUUGAGCAUAAGUACAACUUCCGCUUCGAGGAGCCAGACUCAGCUUUGGUCAAGACCUACCCUCGGAACAUCGCAUCCUCUGUGCGCCGAAAGGACGAGCGCAGGAAGGAGAGGAGGGAGGAGACGCGAGAGCGGAAGAAGAGGGAAAAAGCAAGGAAGCAAGAGGAGCUCAAGCAGCUGAAGAAUCUGAAGAGGAAGGAGAUUCUGGCCAAGCUGGAGAGGCUGCGGCAGGUCACAGGCAAUGAGACCCUGGGCUUUGAGGAGCAGGACCUCGAGGAUGACUUUGACCCCGCCCGGCACGACCAGCUCAUGCAGAAGUGCUUUGGGGAUGAGUACUACGGCACCGCGGAGGAGGAGAAGCCGCAAUUUGAGGAAGAGGAGGGGCUUGAAGAUGACUGGAACUGGGACACGUGGGCUGGGCCAGAGCAGGGUGGAGCUUGGAGCCAGCAGGAGCUGCACUGCGAGGACCCAGACUUCAAUAUGGAUGCCGACUAUGACCCUAGCCAGCCUCGGAAGAAGCACCGCGAGGCUCCUUCCCUGGGCAAGAAAAAGCGAAAGUCUCCCUUCGCCACCGCUGUGGGGCAGGAAAAGCCUGUGUUUGAUCCCGGGGACAAGACGUUUGAAGAGUACCUGGAUGAGUAUUACCGGCUAGACUACGAGGACAUCAUUGAUGACCUGCCCUGCCGCUUCAAGUACCGGACGGUGGUGCCCUGCGACUUCGGGCUCAGCACGGAGGAGAUCCUCGCUGCUGAUGACAAGGAGCUGAACCGGUGGUGCUCCCUGAAGAAGACGUGCAUGUACAGGUCGGAGCAGGAAGAGCUGCAGGACAAGAGGUCAUACAGCCAAAAGGCCCAGAAUACAUGGAAAAAGAGGCAGAUCUUCAAGUCGCUCUGCUCAGAGGAGACAGAGACGGCCACCACGGAAGCCACAAGGAAGCCACAGAGAGACAAAGCUGGCCUGCAGGGGCAGCUGCUGCCACCUGAUGGGGCCUGUGGGAAGCAGCCCCGGCCUGAGAGCCCCCCAGCACAGGAAGAGGAGGCCUCUGUGCCACCUGCCAAGAAGCCAGCCCCCCAGAGGCGGAGGAGGGGCAAGAAGGCACGUCUCCUGGGCCCCACAGUAACACUUGGUGGACAUGAGUUUAGCCGCCAGAGACUGCAGGCCUUUGGCCUCAACCCCAAACGGCUGCACUUCCGCCAGCUGGGCCGACAACAGAGGAAGCAGCAGGGGCCCAAGAGCAGCCCCUGAUCUUGAGGGAGCCCACAGGAGCCCUGGCUCCUCCCCUUCAAUCAAGCCCCUGGAUGCCCAGCCCUCCUGCCAACUGUAACCUUCCUGAGUACCUGUGGGCAAGAGAGUUUUCCCAUCUUAUAGAUGUGGAAACUGAGGCUUACUCAACAAGCCUCCCCCGAUAACUUGGAGACACACCUUGAGCCCCAUCCCUCAGAUGCUGGACCUAGCCAUAGCCAAGAUCAAGUCAAACAGCUUUAUUAGCCCCCAGCAGCCACAGAUCCCCACUCCCUGCUUUGGCAGGACGGGUCUUUGGGGCCAGUGCGGGGCGUGCGCGGUCCAGUGCAAACUACAGUACUGAGUCAGGCCCUGAGUGAGUGCCCAGGGGCCCUCCCUCCCACCCUGCCCUGUGAGGAGGGCCCAGCUGGUGGGAGGCAGGUGUGCAGGCUCUGUUCCUGGCUGAAUGGCCCCAGCCCAGAGGCUUCCUGGACUGGUCUUAGCUGCACCUGUCCGGGGGGAGUUGAAGCUCCCACACCCAGCAUGACAUAAAUAAAAAAAUAAAUAGG